AUGUUUCAAUACUUGAGUCCGAACUUGGCUCAUCCCGAGAAUUUACACAAUACCAGAAAAGUCAGAAAUUCCUGUCUACCCAGUAUUGCGUCCGAGCUUGGCUCAUCCCAAGAAUGGUUCCGAUUCUUUAAGACACAAAGACGACAACAAUAAGUACAUAAGUUCCCAACAAAGAGCCGGCCACGAGGAGCUCAAGGUAAAGUGGGCGUGACCUCGAUUCGAGAGUGCAACGGCGGCGGCGACGAAGUAGGCGGAGGUACAGUUUGAGCAACGCCGACGGCCGGACGAACAACCUUUUAUAAAGCGACGGUUUGGGCCGAGGAAGACGACGACUACGUUGGCUAUGCUUCGGUUCGGCUUGAUUCCCACUGCUCUCCUUCUUGUUGCUCAACUUGCCGCUGCCGAUGAACCGCCGGUCCUUGACAAUGGCGUUGCUGGUUCGUUUCUGUUCAAUCGCAAUUCUUUCACUAGCCGUCUUUUUGAAUAAUCUUUCUGAGUGUUCAAAAUGGGCUUUGUAGAGUCUUGGCCACGCUUGGAAUGGCUCAAAAAGCCGUCAGCUCUUGAUAAUGGUAUUGCCGGUCGGUUUUGCUUUGAAACUAGGCUUUUUAUACUUCUGGGAAUUUCACUUUGCAUUUAGAAUAAUUUUAAGGGUGUCUUAGUGACAACUGGAAUGGCUGAGAAAAAGAUGAGUCGCCGGGAAAUUUUCUCAGUAAAAUAAUUUAAUUUUGGAGAGUCAGAGAGAAUUUUGCAUUUUACGGAAAUUACUUUGAGCACGGCAGUAGUUAUUUGGGAGACACAAUACAAAAAUAAAAAAAUUUGUUCGAAAUUGUGAAAUUUGAGCGUAUGCACUUUUGCGUCGGUGUACCAUGCUGAGCAGAUUUUUUUAUCGAAUACGAUUUAACUUUUUUUGAAUUUCUUCACUUAACCUCAUUUUUUUCUAUUUCAAUAGCUGGAAUAUUUUGAAUGCCCGUCAAAAAAUGAGCUCAUAAAUCUUGAAAAAGCACGUUUGCCAUCACGAAUGAGUUUUCCGGUCGGCUUUUUUGCAACCGGUAACCUUCACGCGGCAUAUGAAGGCUAACGUGUCCGCCUUGUCAUUUUUGACAGUUUCGGAACGCUUUUUCUCAUCUAGCCUUGAUUUACCGUCUCAAAGUCAUUUGGAACCAUUCCGAAAACUGAGAAACUGAAAAAUUUGUUUGCUUUUUCUGAAUUUUUUUAGGUUCUCUAAUAUUUUUCCAAGUUGUUUUUAAAUUAUCAUUUUCGAACUUUCCAUGUUUUUUGUUUUUCUGAAAGUGAAUAAUUUCAGAACUUCCCGAAGUAAACUGCAUGGAAGAUCGAGUUCAGUUGAAGUUCAAGACAUUGCGGCCUUUCCAUGGGCGAAUUUUCGUCAAAGGCAUGGUUGAUAAGGUAUUUUGCUUCAUAAUAAGACUGAAAUGUCCAAAACUUCUACUGGAAUUAAUUUUUCUUCUUUCUACAGCAAUCCUGCGUCCGAGACUUUCUUUCGAAUCAAAACAGUGAAAUUCUGUAUGAACUUCAAAACGGCGCCUGCAACAUGAGAAGGCAAAGAAUGGUUAGUCUAAACUCAUCUUAAAAAUGAAAAAUUUGGUUAAAUUAACGGUAAUUUUUUUUUAGGUUGGCCCUGAUAAGCGAGGAAUGGAAAUGUCGAUGACCGUCAUCAUUUCUUUCCAUUCUACUUUCAUCACCAAAGUUGAUAGGGCUUACAGGUUUAUUUUUUUAACCAGAAUUUUCAGAGUUGAUAAUAAUUCUUUUGUAAUAAUUUCUCUUUUUCAAACUGAACUAGUCAAAAAUUUAGAUGCACCUGCUUCUACAUGGAAGCCGACAAAGUCGUUACCAAUCGAUAUGACGUCAGGUUUUUUUGGAUGAAUAAAUAAAUUUUAUUAACCAAUUUUUUUCUUUAGUAUGCUGCCGACAACUGACCUAAUUGACACCGCUCGUAUGCCACUUUGUACUUAUUCAGUUCGUCGCGAUUCAAUCACUGGACCUGUGGUAAGUUUAUUAAAGAUAAAAGAAAAAAGAAAAUUAAAAUUCAGGUGCAAUUCGCAAAGGUUGGAGAAUCCGUGUUCCAUGUCUGGAAUUGUGAAAGCGGUAAGCUCCAAAUAUGUCCUUGAAUGCCUCAAAAACUACCUUAGACAUGUUCGCGAUGUUGGUGCACAGCUGCUUCGUCGACGAUGGCAACGGCGAGGAGCGCAAGCCACUGUUGGACGAGCAUGGGUAAGGGAUUUGUGCCGAAAGCGGCGGCCAAAGCGCCAGAGUCAUUCUGGCCGAGUGGUCUAAGGCGCUGCGUUCAGGUCGCAGUCCUCUUCGGAGGGCGCAGGUUCGAAUCCUGCGGAUGACAUCCCUUUUUUGCAGCUGUGCAAUCGACCCCCUGAUCUUGCCGGAUUUGACAUACAACAAGGAGAAGAACCUGGCCUACGCCCAAGUUAACGUUUUCAAGUUUGCCGAUAAGGUAACUAUUCAUUUUUUAUGGAAUUUAAUAAUUAAUCUCUAGAUUUCAACAUACUUCCAAUGCGCUUUGAGCACGUGUAUGAACACGGAAGGAAUGUGCGAUGGAAAAACGGUAAAAAAUUGAUUUCCAAUCAUGUUUUCUUUACCAAGUGAACUUCUCAGCCUCCUCGUUGCGGCCCAGCCGGUGGAAUAUUCCGUCGGGCUCGGUCGGCGCCUCUUCUCUCCAACAGAACCGAAGCCAACUGGGUCCAUUUGGCCGACACUAUGGACCUUGCCGCGCAGAAAAUCACAGUUCUCGAGUUGGAUGAGAACAAUGAGGAUCAGGGUGAGGCUUUUUAGCUAGAUGGUCAGAGAGGGAAAACGUUUUCUCGUGUUUGUAGUUUCGGUUAACCUCUAAAAUACACAAAGCUCUCAACUUGAACUCGAAAAAGCUUCUGACUCCAGGCAACGCCUCGGAAAGCCUUCCGAAGAAGCUGGAGCAGCUCUCGACGCGACCUCACGCGUCGACGACGACGACGGCCGUCAUGUGCAUGAGCCAAGGCCGCGCCAGCCUUCUCCUCUCUCUCACACUCUUCCUGCUCACCAUCGUCACUGGAGCCACCGUCGUGCUUCUCCGGCGGGUCCUUCAGACGCAGCGACAAGCCAAAAUUGUUACAUAG